UUAAAAAACAAACACUCACACACCCAAGUCAAAACCCUUUAAUUUCCUCACUACAAAUACCCAUUAACCCACACCCUAUUUUCUUGAAAUAUCAUUGGCUUGAUUUUCUGAGUUUUGGGACUCCAGUAUAAAAAUAUCCCCGUAUUUCAUCUAUUACUAGCUGAUUUGAAUCCAUAUACUUUUGGGGUGUGCAACUUUGGUUGUUCUUUCCUUCGAGCUAAGAUAGAUCUUUAUUCCUGUUUGUUAGAGAGAAAAUGGUGCAACUGGAAGAGGAGGGCGAAAAUGAACACAAGGAUACCAAUUUUUUCAUCAAUGACAAUGUUGACGUGCUGAUAGAGAUACUGCAAAGGCUGGAUGGUGGCUCCUUAGGGGUUGCUGCAUGUGUUUGUAGACUCUGGUGCUCCAUCACUAGGAACGACUCUCUCUGGGAACACCUCUGCUUCCGCCACGUGUCUCCGCCUCCGGACGGUGUAAAGACGGUGGUGUUGGCUCUAGGAGGGUACCGGAGACUGUACAUGGUGUGUGUUAGGCCAGUGUUGGACCGACUGAAGAAGAGGAAAAUAGGAAAGGAGUCUGACUCGGAGGUCGUUAGAAGAGUUUGGACACGGCAUGAAGUGGAACUUUCGUUAUCGUUGUUUUGUGUGGAUUAUUAUGAAAGGGUAUUUUUGGGUGGUGGUAGCAGCGGAGGAAGACUCAGAGGUGGAGGUGGCGGUGGCGCUCCGGCAGCAUCGUCGCUUAUGUUCCUUUGCAACGCCGUCAACGUUUGAAAAGUUGGAAUCAUUUCGAUCACUAUAAGUAUAAGAUGGCGAAAAGAACGAUGACAUAUUAGAUAAAGCAGGGUCAUCUUUUUAUGUUUGCUAGUAUUACUUUUGAUUUUUGGUAAUUGAAAUUUCUAGUAUUUGUU